AUGCCACGAACACCACAAGAAGUUUUUGAAUCUCUUGAUUUUCUUCCAGACCCAACGCCAGCAGCUCAUGAUUCUGAUUAUUAUGCCAAUUUUUCUAUGGUGUAUAAUAAACUUACGACUGAUGAGCAUCAACCAUCUAAAAAAAUUACUGCUACUGGUACGGAAAGAGGACCAUCAGGAUUGUAUAUUAAUACCAAGGUUCGUGAAUUCAUAAUUUGUAAUGAAUGUUCAAAGGUACGUUGCUUAUUUAGUGGGAGGCAGCUUACUGAACAAGAUGGUCUUGAGAUUCAACAUGCUAUAGAGAACUAG